AUGGGCGACAUUGCCAAUCCGCAACCUGCAAUCCCCAUCAUCGAUUUUGGCCCUCUUCUUCAAGAUGACUGCAAAUACGAAAAGUUCACCGCGAUCGGGAAAGAAAUCUACGAAGCGUUUAGGGAUUUUGGCUUCGCAUACAUAAGAAACCACUCAGUGCCACAGAAUAUGGCAUUAAAUCUAACAAGAAGCCAGAGCCAACGCUUCUUCGCCUUGCCACAAAGCGAAAAGGACAAGGUUCCUCAUCCGCCAGAAGGAUGGUACCACCGAGGCUAUUCAGGUAUCGGUCGCGAAAAAGUCUCCCAGAUGGUCUUUGACGAGGAGGGCAUCGCCAUCCAACGUAAAAAGCCAGACUUUAAGGAAUCAUACGAAAUGGGUGCAGAGGGAAAGCUGCGAAACAUUUGGCCUGCCGACGAUGUGAUCCCCGGGUUCCGCGAGUUUUUCACCCAGUUCUACGACAUAUGCUACGACAUGGAAGUGAAGCUGCUUCGCGCUAUCGCUAUCGGCAUGGGACUGGAGGAAGAGUUCUUUACCAAUUACCACAAAACAAAACAAAACCAGAUCCGCCUGUUGCACUACCCGCCUGCCGAAGAGGAGCUCCUCGCGACGGGCAAACUAGAAAGUAUCAGUGCCCAUACCGAUUUCGGUACGCUAACCAUGCUCUUCCAGGAUCAAGUCGGCGGACUUGAAGUCGAAGAUAUCCAUGAAAAAGGCAAAUUCAACCCAGCGCCUCAUAUACCUGGAACAAUGGUGGUCAAUAUCGGCGAUUUGCUUAUGCGCUGGAGCAACGACGUGUUGCGGUCUACGCUUCAUCACGUUCGCACACCCCCUGCCGAUAAGCCGUUGAAAGAGGGCGAACCGCGGAUGACUCGUGAGAGGUACUCGAUUCCGUACUUUGUAGGCCCGGACAGCGACUCUACAAUUGACUGUAUACCAGGCUGCUGGGGGCCGGGACGACCAAAGAAGUAUGAGCCUAUUAAUAGCAGCGAGUACACGGACAUGCGGCUGAAUGCCACCUACUGA